AUGAUUAAAAUUAAAAUCAGAAGAUACUUUAAAUCAUAUCCAUUCUUUGGUCCAGUCCUAUCAGGAAAUUUUCAAGUAAACAAAGAUGAAAAUGGAAUACUAUUGUUAGAUCUCGAUCCAAUUAUAUUCAAUGUUGUUCUUAAAUCGACUAAAAGAAUGUCAUCAUUACUCAGAUCUUUACCAAAGGAUAGAGAUAUCGGAGAGGUAUUUAGAAUGAUGGAUUACCUAAUGUUGAAAUUGGAUGUAGGUGACCAAUGGACCCUCAAGGAUAUUUAUUGCCGUCUAAAGGAUAAUCAAACCUAUGUUGAUAAGAUAGCUAGACACUGCUACGAGACGGUCAAAGGAAAUGUACCGGGUGCAAUGGAUGCCGCCACUGUAUUGUAUCUAAAGUUGGAGAAUAAUAUGAUAGAUUGGAGAAACAAUACAACAAAGUCUGUGGCUUACAACCUAUUUUUAUAUGUGAUAUCGCAUCCUCGUGUCUUUGGACCGAGAAUUCGUCAUCACUUGUGGAUCAGUAUCAAAAACAACUUGUGGUAUCGUAUCUCCCCGAAGCAACAAGCUGCACUCCCAAAAUGGCAACCAAGAAAUGAUAGACCUGAUGAUGAAAGUGAUUAUUCCAAGGAAUCGGAUUCUGAAGAUGAUUAUUAUGGAUCAUCGGAUGAUGAUUUUUUCUAA